AUCUGCAAAACAUUUGUUCACCCGGAGAUAAGAUUUCCUCCUGCUAUGAGGCUGCACUCCAGGCAUGUGAGACACAACAGUCAGCAAACGGAGCCGAGGGAAGAAAAGCUUUCAGUGGUGCUGUGUCAAACCAGGUUCCUCACAGAACUUUUUUCUCCUGUAUCAUGGAAACCAAAGGACUGAAGAUGGCAUUUUGUCUUCUGCUGAUGGUGCAUAGCUCCCUGCAGCAGACCUCCUCCAAGAAAAAGAACAACAAAAGAGACUCUGCAGUGGAGGAGCUGCAGAAGCAGAUCAACGACAUUGUGCAGGAGCUGAACUUGCUGAAAGAGCAGCAGGCUCUGCAGACAGUUUGUCUGAGAGGCACAAAGGUCCUCGGUAAAUGUUUCCUGGCUGAUCCAGUGAAGAAGACCUUCCACUCAGCCAGUGAGGACUGCAUCGCCAAAGGAGGAAGCCUGAGCACUCCCCUGACAUGGGAGGAGAACGAGCAGCUCCACAACUACGUGCGGCAAAGCAUCGGCCCCGAGGAGCACAUCUGGCUGGGCAUCAACGACAUGAUCACCGACGGCCAGUGGGUGGACCAGUCGGGCUCGAAUGUGCGUUUCAAGAACUGGGAGACAGAGAUCACCCUGCAGCCCGACGGCGGCCACAGCCAGAACUGUGCCGUCCUCUCCACCACAGCUAAGGGGAAGUGGUUUGAUGAGAGCUGCAGAGCUGAGAAGGCCUCAGUGUGUGAGUUCAACAUCGUUUAAGGGGGUCAAACCUCUGCCAACAUGGAUCACACCAGCAGAGUGUGUGAACAUCAAGGCUGUCAGUCUAAAAUAAGCUAAAAUUAAACUGAGCAUUAAAUGCACAAACAUUUAUUUUUAAAAGCUUCAAAUUUUACUAUAAUAUAUGUGUUAUACGGCUGGAAAAUCUGUUGCAUUGUGUAAUAAGCAGCACUUGGAGAAUACCUAAAUAAAAGCAGUUUCUUCCAUUACUUACUCAUCUGUAGAGGAUCCUAAAGAACCCCCGUUUUGUGUGAAGGAAGCAAAAAAAAACAAACAAAAAAAAA